CAGCUCCAGAGAACAAAAUUCCGUCGGGGCGACAGCAACGGUCCCACCGACUUUUCCAUUCCACAGCCAAGAAGUCGUGCACUUUCAUUUGCGGUUCGUUUCAUAUCUAUCUCCGCGUCGUUUUCAGAUUUGCUUUCCGGCAUUACAUUGCGAAUUCAAGAAAUUUGGGCAUCAUUUCCGACAGCAUCCGCAGGAAGAAUCAAAACUUAUUAACAAAGAAAUCAAAUUCAAAAGACCGGGUCAACUCAUCAUGCAGUUCUGGCAGUGCCCACUGUUGUUGAUGGUUUCGCUGAUCGCGGCCAUCAACACGCAACAGACGCCAUCGCAGCGGCUCGAACCUAAUCAGGUGGCCGGGCUCGUCGAGCUCCAUCAGCAGCUGGAACAGCCGCGAGAACAUCAGCAGCAGCAGCAUCACCAGCAGCAGCCGGAACAGCCGGCUCAGGCCGAUAAUAAGGACUACGCACCGUCGCCAGCCGUUUUAUUGCAGCUGACACCCAGCGAUUGGAAGAACACGCAGGAUAAGAGAAACAACUGGAACCGGAUGCAAGGAAUGUGGGGCAAGAGGAGCCAGCAGCAAUCAGAUGGAUCUGCCCUCUCCGAAAUGACUCCACCUCGGAUGGUGAAACGAGCUUGGUCAGAUUUGUCGCAGCAAGGCUGGGGUAAGAGGAGCUGGACCCAACUGCACGGCGUCUGGGGCAAACGCCGAUGGGACCAACUUCACGGAGCCUGGGGCAAGCGGACACCCGACCAACUGGAAGACGACAGCAAAGCCGAGCAGCCGGAAAACAGCCAGGAGGAUGAAGACCAGCAGCAAUCUUCUUCCGAGGUGGAACGCGAAGAAGCCAACGACUCUGACGACACGGUGGAGAACAGCAAACGCUCCGGAUGGAACAAGAUGCAAGGAGUCUGGGGCAAACGAAGCAGCAGCAGCAGCGGUAACAGCGGACCGGCCAUCGAAGGAAUGGGCAACAACGACUUGCUCCUCCUCAUUUCCGGCACUGGCGACCAGCUCUACCAGCAACGAGAAGACGAUCAAGCCAAAGUCAACGUCGAGGACGCUGGAAAUGAAGACAAGAGAGGCUGGAAUCAGUUGCAAGGCGUUUGGGGCAAAAGGGCUCUGUCAGCCAUGGCAGCCGGAUACAAACGGAACUGGAACAAUCUGCGCGGUGCUUGGGGCAAGCGUGAAAUACCAGCAGCCAUCGCUAAAGGUAUGGAAUGGUCACGAAAGCGUGAAUCCGGCUGGAACAACCUGAAAGGUCUCUGGGGCUGAAAAAUUUGAACAGAUAAAACAAAAAAACUACAAAAAAAAAAUUCCAAACAAAGAGAACAAAUAUCACGACUCCUCCCGUUUUCUAUUUUUAAUCGUUGAUUUCCCUCCUCCUUUUUUGAUUUGAUCUCGGCCGUGUCCAUUUCUACAAGUUUUGAAAAAAUGAAAGAAAAAAACUUCAACGCAUCAUCCAUACUACAAACAGCCAAAAACUGUAUCUAUAUACUACUAUUGUAUUUAUGAUUUGAUUUCGUCCUAUUAUUCUUUUCCUCCCUCAAUUGUUUCGUUUGUUCUAUUAUUCCUAUAUAACUGAAUCUUUUGUUUCACGAUAUUAUGUUAUAUAUACAAGUCGUCAAAACAAACGUAUCUCCUCGAACGUGGACAAGAUCGAUUAUU